AUGUAUGUAACUACUCGUAAUUACAUAAAUUUGGUUGUUUAUAUUAUAAUCUCUGUACGUAUGAAUAUUUGUUAUUCUGUGAAAACUCCAGAUCCCAAUAAAUUUGUCGGAACUCGUAUUAUCGGAGGAUACGAAUGUUCUCUUCGUAAAACCGAAGUAAAUACUCAAUUUGUGGUAGCUCUAACCAAUUAUUGGGGACAGCAUUUAUGCGGAGGCAGUUUGCUGAGUCCAAAGUGGGUUUUAACAGCUGCCCAUUGCUUUGAUAGAACUUGGACUGUAUAUGUCACUGAUGCAUUCACAAGAAGGUCAUGCGUUAAGAGUAAUGGUAGAUUGAUUUGGAGCUGUGCAGUUCAUGAUAUACGCGAUGUAUACAUACAUCCAGAAUAUAGUAGCCGCUCUUUAAGAAAUGAUAUAGCAUUGUUACGUUUGAAUACACUCAUGUAUGCUACAGAAAAUAUUGGGUACGUGAAACUUCCCGAGGAAUAUAUCGAUGGGGAUGUUUCAGAUAAAUGUGACGAUGGUAGAAUCAUUGGCUGGGGAGUAACAAAUGUGCAAAGCAAAAGGAUUCCAUUAAAUUUAAUGUGUGUAGAUUUGAGAAUCAUGUCAUACGCGGAUUGUCGAAAGUAUCAUAAAAUGAAACGUACAUUCAUAUGCACCGAACCAAGUUUCUUAAAAGAUUCUUGUUAUGGAGAUUCCGGGGGUCCCUUGACGUGCGGUAAUAUUUUAUAUGGUAUAACAUCUUGGGGCCGAGAUUGUGCAUCCGGUUUUCCAGGAUUUUACACAAAAGUAGAUUAUUACUUAGAUUUCAUUGAUUAUACAAUGAAAAAUAAUGCGUUACAAGUAUUUGGUGUACGUUUUUUAAUAUAUAUUGUAAGUUUGUUAUUUUACUACUAUAAUUUAUAA